CCCACGAAAUACGGUAGAUUUUUAUCAAAUUGUAAGAUUAAAUAUUUUUAGACAUAUAAAUUCAAAACUUGAUUCACUCCAAGAUGAUAGUACUGAACAAGGACUUUUAAAAUAUAGAUUUCCAUUAGCUCAAAUACAGGGAGGUACAGAUGUUACUAAUACAUUUACAAUCAAUCUGAUUAAAAAAACUUUUAAUAUGAGAUCAUUAAUUCUUCAAGUAAAUACUAGUUGUGAAUUACCUAUCAGUCAAGCAGUUGUACCAAAUAAUAGUCAUUUACCAAUGGAAAAUGUAUUUGAAGAUAUUAAUGAUAUAAUUAAUAGUCUAAUCAAAAGAAAUUAUAAUCUCGUAUAUGAAAAAAUUGAACAAAUUGAUUGUUCAGAAUGUGAUUAUAAAAAAAUAGCUUGUUUUACAUGGCCAAUUGAAAAACAAUGGUAUAUAACUCAAUCAUCUAAUAUACACGAAACUGAAUUUGUUCAAUUUAAUACAGGAUUCUUUUGGUUUAUAACUGUAGUGGAUAUUAAUGAAUCUUCAAGAUAUUUAAAAUAUUUGAGUGAUAGGGAAGAAGAAAGUAGAUAUAAUCUUGGAAGUGCUUUUGCUUCUUCACACGUAGAUGGUCAUUUAAAAGGACCUUAUAAAACAAAUCCAACACCAAUUCCUCCACCUGAAGAUGAUAAUAAUAGACAACCUACAACAACAAUUAAUACUCCUCUAACUACAACUAUCAAUCAACCCACAACAACAAUUAAUACUCCACCAACUACAACUAUCAAUCAACCCACAACAACAAUUAAUACUCCACCAAGACCAACUAAUAUUCCAAAAAUUUUAACAACUGAAACACUUACAACAAGUAAACAAACAACUUCAACAACAAUUAUUAAACUUUCUUCUGUGAAACCAACAUCUAUAAUAACAACUUUAUCAACUUCAAAGAUUAAUUUUAUCAGUUGUCUAAUUUGUAAAAAUGAAUUCAAAGAAAGCAAAAUUAAGCAACAUUUUAAAGAAUAUAUUAAAAAUUCUUUAUCAAAAGAUACUGUUCAUGAUAAACUAGAAAUAAAAAAACAGGCAAUUGUAUUUGAAAAAAUGAAAGAAUUAGUUAGUAAACUUACAGAUUUUCAAGUUAAAGAACUUAUUGAUAAAAUUCAAAAUCUUAUUAAAAAAUACAGUGAAAAAUUUAUCAAUUAUAUUCCUGAUGAAAUGAAAGAACAAAUCUUAUAUAACUUUGAUAAA